UGUCGUGGAGAUGGCAAAAAUCAGCAUACCUCAGAGGGAAAUGUACGUUCAAUCGGAGCCAUACGAGGAAGAGCUCACCUGUAUGGGCGUUUUCCGGAAUGACAGUAAUCUGGCAGUGGAUUCGUCGGAAAGAAACGUUCACAUCUUCAACUCGGGUCAGUUUGACUAUUACAGUGACGCAUUCAUCGGACCGAAAGCCGGAGUCAACCAAUUUGUUCCCAUCAGCAAACAGAUAGCUAUGAUCAGGGGCGAGGAUGAGACUAAUUAUAAAAUUGUUCAAAUGAGUAUAUCAUAGUGCCAAGAAAAACCAUUUU